GCUGUUUUCAUAGCAGGCAGGUUCAAAAUGGAGACCGGCAAGAGUCAUCGCUCUUCUGUAUUAUCAACACACGUCCCUCCUUCUUGGGCGGCCAAUCUUUGCGGGAUUCCACAGUGGAGAGUUCAGCUCGGUAUGUGCAGUACCCCAAUUCACCGCUGGAAAGUGCCUGGUCUACCAGAGGAUGUGGAACUCUUCAUAAAAAGAGAAGAUAUGACCGGUUGUGCCUUGUCAGGUAACAAGGUGUGUAAACUAGAGUUCCAACUAGCGGAAGCCAUCCGCACUGGCUGCUCGGUCAUCAUAGGCUGUGGAGGCCGGGACUCCAACCAGUGCCGUGCUACUGCUGUGGCCGCCAGGCGGCUGGGUCUGGAAUCACACUUUCUCAUCAAAUCGGGAGACAUGGACCCUGAAUCUCUGGGCUGGCAAAGCAACAUGUUGCUGCAGCGCUUGGUGGGGACACAUCUGUACAUGGUUCCUGUCGCCGACUGGACAGAGCAAAACGUCAUAACACGCAUGGACAGACUGGCAGACGACAUCAAGAAAGGGAGUGGAAAGAAAUCUUACAUAAUCCCUCCGAGUGGGUAUGACUUACCAGGUCUCUAUGGGUACUUCUCUGUUUUUCAAGAUCUGAUUUCCCAGGGUCUUUUCGACAAGUACGAUGACCUAGUGGGACCCUCUGCCGGGGGAGCCAUGUUUGCUGGGUUGGCGAUCGCAAAUCACCUGACGGGCACAAAAAUUAAGUGUCACGGUAUUGAAGUCACCUACACCGAGGAGACAGUACACCACAGACUACAGCAUAUUCUCGUCGACGUUGGUCUACCGGAAAUACGAUCUCAAGACAUAAUUGACGUCAUUUCCGGAUAUCAGCAUGUUGGUGAUGAUGAUGUGCAAAAAGAUUACGAUGUUGUGGUAGACGUCGCUAUGGCAACUGGUGUCAUCUUGGACCCUCACUACGGCGCCAGAGCAGUGCGGGGGCUCCUGCGUCAGGUCAACACUAACCGCCACAGGUUCAAGGGCAACAGGCUCUUAUACAUCCACACGGGUGGCAUUUUCUCUGUGUAUGAGGAAAGUAUGCAGGUUUACCUUCAGAAGAAGCUGGGAACUGCGGGAGUUGUGCCGUGGGCGGACGGAAACACGGUCCCAUACUCUACUCAUGCAUAGUCAUGUGUUACAUGAAAUACUUUAUUGCACAGCAAUUGUACGAGGUACAAAGUAUGGCAUCUACAUAGCUACAGUUCUAUAGCCUUAAGGCUUAUCUAACUAAUACAGGAGUUGUAGUAUGGGAUAAAUUUCUUACAGUCAUUGGAAUUUUACAAUCAUUUGAGGAAUACAUGAAAUAUAGCAAUCAGUUAUCGAUGAGUUUACCUGAUGGUAAGCCUUUAAAAUAUGGGAGAUUUUACUUAUAGAUGUAUGAUUCACUUUCUACAACGCUGAUGUAGAACGGAGAUAUUCUACUAGUACGCAAAAGAUUACGUAUACCAUGUGUGGCCUGGUACGUGGCCCGGUAUGAUCGUAAAUUUAUGUACUUUAAAAGUUGUCCAAAUAUGUCCAGUAAAAGUGAGUCAUUUUUCAAAUCAAUAUUCAUCUAAGAUGGUAAAAUGGCUUGAAUAUAAUUUGCUGUACAUCAACCUCGCACAGAAUAAAUCAAUUCUACUAAAGUAGCACAAUUGAAGAGUUGCAUGAUUGCAUCGGUGUAAACCUAAUUAUUGUUUCGCCUUCAUAGUGUAACCGUGUCAGAAACUGAUUAGGAAAAAAUGUAACGAACAUACCAUUGUAUGUUUUGAUUCUUUCUCACUGUGCACGGUGAGGCCUUCAUCCCAGAAUGUGGCCAUGAUUUUGUGUUAAGCUCUAAUGUUUAAUUGAGCGUCAUCCUUGUUUAGCUAAACGGGACUCCCACACUCUCCCCUCGCCUGUUGCGUGCCGGGGGCACUGAGCCGGCUGCUGACGUUGACUGGGCUGGGAG